CACAAAGGAAAAUAGAAUGAAACCUAGGCCUUCUACAGUGAUUUCACCAAUCCAGAGAUAUUUUGGUCCCGAAAAUCCAUACCACCCGGCGUAUAUGAUCCCUUCAAAUACGUAUCCAAAUCAAUAUUUGUACCAUUGGAGUAGCCAGGUUCACUUUUUUCUAACGUCGUGCCUAAUUGCAGCAUCCGCCAACUAUACCCUACCCUCCGUCAAGUAAUCCGGAGCGAUUCCAAGAGACCCCCCAAUGCCCAGUUCAAUCACCAACUGUGCCUGAUGAAAGUGAAAAGAAUGUUACAAGUAUAUCACACAUGAUUGAAGUGGAUGGAGUAAUGAAGUAUUGAAUGUGGAUGAGACUAAUGAAGUAUCGGAGGCGGAGGGGACUAAUGAAGUAUCGGAUGAUGAUGAUGAUGAUGAAAGAGUUGAAGAGCCGAAAUCUGGUAUGGAGUUUGCCACUGAGAAAUACCUUCUCACCUAUUACAAACGAUAUGCAAAACAAUUGGGUUUUGGUGUGAAGACAUUUAGGACAAAGAGAGAGGCAGAUGUGAGUGCAAAGUAUCUGACCAUUGGGUGUGCACAUGGUGGCACCUACCAUCCUAGCCACAGUAAUGUCUCGAGGCCACGACCAACAACCAAAACAAAUUGUAAGGCGAAGGUAAAUGCGAAAUUGGUGAAGGGGGUAUGGGUUUUGACGACGAUUCAGAUUGUUCACAAUCAUAGUACUGUAAGCCCACAGAAGUCCAGAUUUUUUAGAUUCCACAAGCGUUUAGAUGAAUACAGUCAGAGAAUGCUCGACUUGAAUGACAGAGCAAGUAUUCGAAUGAACAAGAAUUUCGAAGCACUUGUUGAUGUUGGGGGUUUCGAGAAUCUUGAAUUUCAAGAGAAAGAUGCACGAAAUUUUAUUAAUAAAGCCAAACACUUAAGGUUAGGUAAAGGAGGUGGAGAAGCACUUAGUGACUACUUUGAGAGAAUGAGUGUGAUGAAUGAUGGUUUUAUUUCAGUCAUGGACAUGGAUGACGAGUGCAGAGUCAUAAAUGUGUUUUGGGCUGAUGCACGAAGUCGAGCGGCAUAUGAGUACUUCAGAGAUGUUAUCACCUUCGAUACGACUUACUUAACAAAUAGGUACGGUAUGACUUUCGCUCCCUUUGUUGGUGUAAACCAUCAUGGGCAGUCCAUAUUAUUAGGGGCUGGCUUGAUUUCAAACGAAGACACAAAUACUUUUGUCUCGUUAUUCCAAGCAUGGCUGAAGUGCAUGAAUGAUCGGGCUCCCAAAGCAAUCAUAACAGACCAAGACCGAACAAUGAAAAGUGCUAUUACGAUUGUAUUCCUAGAUAGUCGCCAAAGAUAUUGUCUCUGGCAUAUCAUGCAGAAAUUGCCAGAGAAAUUGGGAUCUCACUCACAAUUCAACGCAGGGUUAAAGACUGGCAUUCAGAGUGCUUUAUAUGAUUCACACGGAAUUUGAGGAUAAGUGGGGGAAGCUACUUGAGAAGUAUGACCUUGGUGAGAAUACAUGGUUGCAAGGGUUGUACAACGAGAGGGAGUUUUGGGUACCAGUAUACUUGAAGGGUGUAUUUUGUGCAUGUAUGAGCACUACACAACGGUCUGAAAGCAUGAAUGCUUUCUUUGACGGGUUUGUGCAUUCUGGUACGACGUUGAAGGAAUUUGUCGAUUAAUUUGACAAUGCUCUGAGGAAGAAAGUGGAGGUCGAAGUGAUUGCUAAUUUUAAUUCCUCCAACCAAACAAUCCCAUGCAUAUCACCAUUCCACAUUGAAAAGCAGUUUCAGGUGUUGUAUACAAAUGCUAAGUUUAAGGAGUUCCAAAGAGAGGUGUUGGCGAUGAUUUUAUGCAAUUGCAUACUGGUCAGCACGUAGGGUUGCAUUUCCACCUUCGAUGUUUUUGAUGAAAUUUCCACAGAUGACUAUGUAGAAAAGGUGCAAUACUCAGUUUAUUGUAAUGAAGAUGAAUGCGACGUUAAAUGCAUGUGUGCCUUGUUUGAGAUGAGGGGGAUUAUUUGUAGGCAUAUAUUUAAAAUCUGUCAAGCGAAAAACAUUAGUGUGCUGCCAGACAAGUAUGUCUUGGAUCGAUGGCGAAAGGACUUAAAGAGAAGAUAUACACUGGUCAAAAGUAGUUACGAUGACCUGCGGAACAAUGAGGACGCACGGAGGUAUGAGCUUGUGGUUAAGAGAUGUUUGAGAUUUACCACGCGCGUAUCCCCCAGUGAUGAGCAUGUCAAUGCGUUUUGCAGUUGUUAGAUGAGUUUGAGCUGCAAUGAGAAAGGGAGACCCCCAACAAAGAGAAAGGUAGGGGCUGUGGAGAACACUGUCACGAAGAGAAAGAAGAAACAGAGAUGCAGGAAAAUAUUCAAUGAUGAAGAAGAAUUGCGUGAGGGCCCGGAAUCUGCAGGGGUUGCCACUGUGGAAAAUUUUGUUAUUGGAACCCAAUGUAGUUCUAUCACACAGCCAAUACCAUCGAGCAAUGAGGAGAGAUUCAAGCCGUAGCUGGUUGUGGAGGCUCCCAAGGUGAGCGAUGCCAUUCAGUUCUACAAAGCUGCGUUCGGCACUGAGAAGCUAAGCUCGGCCACACCAUGCACCCCGAGCACAAAGCCGAUCAAGAGCUCCCUCUCAUUCUCUCUACUCAGCUAAAGCUCGUUGGCUUCACCUUUCUCGUCUCUGACCUCAUUGAUGACCCUACUGCUUUGGCUAAUCUUGACAAGAGACGGGUUGAAAAGCAAUGCUUGGAGGAAGAAUGCAGGAAGGAAAACAUGGAAAACCAAAAAAAAAAAAAAAACAUAUUAAUUUCUAGCUACUGUCACGGUUCAGGUUUUUAAAAAAAAAAUUAUGUAGAAAAUGAGUAAAUAAUUUUGGCUAUAUGAGUUUGAUGA